AAGUGUUUUUCUCUUCCACUAAGAAAACUACAACACCACAAGAAGCUUAAAAGCCCUCUCUUUUCCUAUUCUUUUCUUAUGAUUUGUGAAUAUACAGUUCUACAUACGUGUUUUUCUUUUCUCUGAUUUCACAGUCCUAAGGUUUUGAGCCUGCUGCUGUCUCCUCUUCUUCCUCUCUUAUUUCUUGCUUGUUUCAGAAGUUAUUCAGCCUAUUUUUUAGCCUUGAAAAAGCUGCGUUUUCACCUAUAUAAACACCUCUUUCGUUGCCAUAUAUUUAUCUCCACUCAAAAACCCCACUUUCACUGUCUCUUUAUACAUCCUUUCGGCUUUCUAUUUAGUCUUUACUUUGCAUUAAUAGUGAAAAAGAAGAGAAAAAAAUUAUGGGAGACGAUGAGUGUGUUAUAGUGGUUAGAGAGUUUGAUCCUAGCAAAGAUUUAACAAGUGUAGAAGAAGUGGAAAAAAGAUGCGAAGUUGGUCCCAACGGCAAACUCUCUCUCUUUACCGACCUCUUAGGUGACCCUAUAUGCCGGGUCCGCCAUUCCUCUGCUUUUCUCAUGCUGGUGGCUGAAUUGAGCUCGACCAAAGAAAUAGUUGGGAUGAUUCGAGGUUGCAUUAAAACCGUUACUUGUGGCAAAAAAAUCUCUCGGAAUGCCAAAAACAAUGAUCCCACCAAACCCCUUCCUGUUUACACCAAACUCGCUUACAUUUUAGGCCUUCGGGUCUCCCCUUCGCACCGGAGAAUGGGAAUAGGGUUAAAGCUGGUACUUAGAAUGGAAGACUGGUUUGUCCAAAACGGCGCUGAAUAUUCUUACUUAGCAACGGAAAACGAUAACCAAGCUUCCGUCAAUCUCUUCACUGAUAAAUGCGGUUACUCCAAGUUCCGUACUCCAUCUAUUUUGGUUAACCCGGUGUUCGCUCACCGACUGCCCGUUUCCAACCGAGCCACCCUGAUCAAGCUUUCCCCAUCCGACGCUGAGUUGCUAUACCGCCGCCGUUUCUCCACCACCGAGUUUUUCCCCCGCGACAUUGACUCGGUGCUUAACAAUAGUCUUAACCUGGGAACUUUUUUGGCAGUGCCACGUGGAUGUUGUUAUACGAAGGAGUCGUGGCUCGGGUCGGAUAAGUUUUUAUGCGACCCGCCAGAGUCGUGGGCGGUUUUGAGUGUUUGGAAUUGUAAGGACGUUUUUAGGUUGGAAGUUCGCGGGGCGUCGAGGAUGAAGAAAACGUUGGCUAAAACUACAAGGAUUGUGGACAAGUUGUUGCCGUUUUUGAGGUUACCGUCGAUUCCGGAAGUGUUUAGGCCGUUCGGUUUGCACUUUUUGUACGGGUUGGGAGGGGAGGGGCCACGCGCGGCGAAGUUGGUUAAUGCCUUGUGUGCACACGCGCACAACUUGGCUAAAGAAGGAGGGUGCAGUGUGGUGGCGACUGAGGUGGCGAAUCGUGAGCCGUUGAAGGUUGGGGUCCCACAUUGGAAAAGAUUUUCGUGUGAUGAAGAUUUAUGGUGCAUCAAACGGCUUGGGGAAGACUACAGUGACGGGUCCGUCGGUGACUGGACUAAAUCACCCCCUGGACUUUCCAUUUUUGUAGACCCCAGAGAAGUCUAAUUUCUAAAGAAAGUCUAACCAAAAAAAAAAAGAAAAACAUUACUAGUAAUAAUUUCUUUUUUUUUUUUUUAACUUUAGGAUUUUGGGGAAGAGAAAAGAGGGAAUGAGAAGAUAUGGGUUUUGGAGUAAGAAAGAAUAUGAAUAUCCUCUCCUCUUUAUUAGCAGAUUUUUGGGUUUUGUUUUCUGUAAAUGGAUGUGGCUUUCAAGAUCCUAUUCUAGCCAAACAAAGCCUUACAUCUUUUUAGGGAAUUUCUUUUUUACUUAAUUCCAAAGAUUAAAAUGUUUCUUUUGAUAGGGAUGAGAAAUCAUGUGUAAUCAGAAUAUCCCUUCGAAGAUAAAAGAAAACAAAAAUUCCCCAAUUGACU